AUGCGUCUAUUGUUGCCUCUUUUGUGUCCUCUUCUCUUCACUCCUAUUUUUGCUAAUGCAUCUCCUAUCACGAUCAGAAGUCAGAAUAGUAAUGACUGGUCGUCAAGAGUUAUCUAUCAGCUGCUGACAGAUCGAUUUGCCAAGACGGUAGAUGAUCAAAGUCCAUGCUCUAACUUGAGUAACUAUUGUGGUGGAUCCUUUCAAGGCAUCAUAAACCAUUUGGACUACAUUGCUGGUAUGGGCUUUGAUGCUAUCUGGAUAUCACCAAUUCCUCAGAAUGCUCAAGGAGGUUAUCAUGGUUACUGGGCUACUAACUUUUCCGCAAUCAAUUCAAACUUUGGGUCGUCCGAUGACCUGAAGAAAUUGGUGCAGGCGGCUCAUGCAAAGAAUAUGUAUGUCAUGCUGGACGUAGUAGCUAACCAUGUCGGAACGCCUUCUACGCAAAAUAAUUACAAUGGCUAUACUUUUAACCAAGGCUCCUACUAUCAUUCUUACUGUGAUGUCAAUUACAAUGACCAAACCUCUGUAGAGCAAUGCUGGCUUUCUGGCUUACCAGACCUUAAUACCGAGAGCGAUUACGUUGUCAACACUCUAUACUCGACUGUAUCUAACUGGAUUUCUGAAUAUGGCUUUGAUGGAAUCAGAAUAGAUACCGUAAAGCAUGUACGCAAGGACUUUUGGGACGGAUAUGUCAAGGCUGCUGGUGUAUUUGCGACAGGAGAAGUGUUGCAUGGUAGCGUAUCCUAUGUUGCUCCUUACCAAUCCCAUGUCCCAUCCCUCAUCAAUUACCCGCUAUAUUACCCUAUAUACGACGUCUUUACGAAAGCAGCUACAAUGACUCGUCUCAAGUCAGGCUACAAUGAUAUCCAAUCGGGCGGUUUCAAUAAUCUGAACUUACUUUUAAACUUUAUUGACAACCAUGACAAUCCUCGAUUAUUAUCCAAGGCUGAUCAGAGUUUAGUAAAAAAUGCUUUGACGUAUUCUAUGCUAAUCCAAGGAAUUCCUGUUGUUUACUAUGGUACCGAGCAAUCUUACAAAGGAGGCAAUGAUCCUAACAAUCGAGAGCCUUUGUGGACCAGUGGUUACUCAAGCUCAUCAGAGAUGUAUCAAUUUAUUAAACAGGUGAUACAAAUACGUAAGGGCUCCAAUGCUACAGUAACAAUGGAUAUCGAUCAAGCAAACAAUGUCUAUGCGUUCCAGCGUGGCAAUUAUUUGGCUGUCGUAAACAACUAUGGUCAAGGCUCUACGAAUUCUGUUACAGUAAAAUCAGGAAGUUUUGCUGAUGGCACUAUUCUGAAGGACGUCUUUUCUGGCGCAACAGCUACAGUAAAGAACAACGCUAUUACAUUCCAACUUCAAAAUGGAAAUCCUGCCGUGUUUAGCCCUCAAUGA